UUCAUUGUUGUUAUUUUGGCCGCCGGUAUGGUGGCCUUCAUCGGAGCUGUCAUCUGUAUCAUCGCUGCCGUUCACACCGGAGCCUCCUCGGCCGCCCUGGCUCAGCCACUGGCGGAUAACCAGUCGCUAGCCCCGGACGCAGGUGCGCAGACCCUGGCACCCGGCGGGAAGGUGCCCGCCCGCGCAGGACCAGUGGACGCUCUCCAUGGUCCUGACUCCAACGGCCGGGAGCUGGGAGGCGGAGAGGCGCCGACCUUUUACACGGUGACUGGCACCACAAUGGGCGGACCCGGAGGGGGCGGUGAACAGGUGAUCUACAGCCGCCUCAUCUGCACCCCCGUCCCCGCCGGCGAGUGCAAGCCCAAAAACUUUCAGCAACAAGCGGACGAUCCGACUCUGUACGCGGGCGAAGACUCGGGCUACCUGCGCACCACGGCGGACCAGCUCCGCCAAACUGUGCUUCAGCAGAAAGACGAGAUCCUCACCGACCAACGCACCAUCCGCGAGCUGACAGGGAAACUGACAGAAUGUGAGCGGGACAUGGGGAUGGCAAAUGGGGAAAGCCCCGGAAAGAGUGCGGCGGCGAUCUGGGGUGGCAAACGAGCCGAGGAUGGCCACAUUAUGGUGAGAGACGAGGCGCCAUCUGAGAUGCUGGCUGCGCGCGCUGUUCAGGAGCUCGAGCAAGCCAUCAAUCAACUCAGGGGCCGCAUUGAGAAGCUGGAGUCGGAGAUGGCUCCCCAGGGCCACAAUCACACAGCCGCCCCCACCAUCGCCACCCCGAGCAGUGGAACCCCCAUGGCGGUAGCGGUGCAGCAGGCCGGCGUGCCGCCUGCCACCCCUGGUGGCGGCGCGGGGGAGGUGCAGCAGCAGGUGGAGGAGCUGGAGGGGGAGCUGGAGAGGAAGCUGCAGCAGCUGGAGCAGGAGAGGAGGGCGCUGGGGCAGCACGGCCAGAAACACCGGCAACACAUCGACCAGCACAUAAACACCGUCCACCAACGCCUGGCAGGACUGGAGAGGGACUCUGUGGCUCCACAUGGCUUCAGGCUGUCCUUCCCACCAACAAGCAGCAGCAGUAGAUUCUCAAGCCCUCAUGGCCACGUGUCGGCCCCCACACACAACCGCGUCACGACCCCCUACGCCCGGGUCACGACCCCUGUGCCCCCGCUGCAUGCCCUGACGGCCUGCCUGUGGCUGCGCCCGCUGGGCACGGGGCUGGGCACCCCGCUGUCCUACGCGGUGGCGGGGCAGCCCAACGAGCUGGCACUGCUACUGGGCAAACACCACACACUGGAGCUCAUCAUUAACGAUCAGGUGGCGCUACUGCCAGUGAACAUAUCAGUGGGCGUGUGGCAACACAUGUGCGUGAGCUGGCACAGGAAGGGCGGGCAGUGGAAGGCGUACCAGGGGGGCAGGGUGUGCGGAGAGGGAGCCGGGGUGUCGCCCGGACACACCAUCCGACCCGGAGGAACGCUCAUCCUGGGACAGGAGCAGUGGGGGGGAGGUUUUCGACGCCAGCCCGGCUCUGCAGGUUUUGGCGAGCUGUCCCAGUCUGAACGUGUGUGGGGACGGGGCGCUUGCGGCCGUGCCCGAGGUGUCCGCCCUUGGCCCAACUGCACUCAGGGGCUGCUGGGUAACUGUAGUAGUUCCCUGGAGGUGAGCAUCACCUGGAGGCAUUGGGCCGGAGCCACCAAGGAACACGGGGAGCCGUGUCGCUUGCCUGCGUCCAGUGCCAAGCAGUGA